UCUUGCUGCGCUUCCGGGCUGGGCAGAGAAGACCCAGGGAGGAGCCCCGAGCGGCAGCCAUGGAGAAGUCGGCCUCCCAGGCCCGAGGUGAGCUGGCGGAAUCUCGGGGAGCCCGAGGUCAGGUCUUGGCGGGAGGCGGAGGAGGGGGGUCAGUAAUGGGGAGACAGAGGAGAGCGGCGGCGCCAAAUCUGCCAGCCUGGCCUCCUGCUAGCAGUGCCGGGCAGGGGCGAGCACAGGGCGAGCACCUACUGGAGCCCGGGCGCUGGGCGAGCUCCUGGGGCCGGCCCUUCCCUGGGGGCCCUGCACGGCCCUGUUACUUGGGCCGCCCAGAAGUGGCCGCUCCCCGGGCGCCCGGGCUUAGUCCUUGCCCUGAAACAGCCGCCGUGUGGCCCUUCUCCUCCUCCCGGUAAAUGACACGUGUCGGGGCUGGGCCGUCGGUCCCCGGUUUUUACAAUUUGAUGCUCCAACCGAGCGAGAGCUUCCCCGGCGUUUGCGCCUCCUCCGGGAAGCGGGGCCGCGGCUCCUCGGCCGCCGAGGGGAAGCGGGGACGGAGACUUCGCGGGCCGCGGGCACCUCGCGCUCGCUAUUUCUGCUGCCGGGCCUGUCCCUCCCUCCCGCCUUCCCUCGUAAAUGAGUGAUUGGGAAAGAAGCUCUCCCAGCGUGAGGAGAAGGCGGGUGUCCUUCCCAUCGUGCUCCCAAUGGAAGAGGCGGUGUCCGGGGCCGGCCCUGGUGCCUUCUGGGUACAUCUCUCUGUAUAACGGCCUCCGUGCCUUUGUGGCGGCUUGCCUGGGAGGCGGAAUUAAGGGAUGUCCCGCGACUUCUGAGAGGUAACACAGGACUUUAGAAAUAAGCGUGGGCAAAACCCCCCGGGCACAGAGAACUAUGGGAAGUUUGAGUCGGUUAUGGAGGGAAGAUGUAGCAGGGAAAAAUGGAUAGCACCCAGAGCGGGACCAGCAUCGAGCAUUUAUUGAGCACUUACUGUAUAAGAAAAGCAGAAAAGGACAGAAUUCACGAAAUUCUCGGCCAGGUGAGUAGAGAAGACACGGUGACAGAAUCUCAGCGGAUGAGUAUUUAUCCAGGAUCUUUUAUGUCCCAGGCCCUGUACUGGACAGUGGCAACGGGAAGGCAGAAGUCAGCCCUUGUCCCUGGGUAGCUCAGAGUCUGGUGGGAAACAGCUACAGACAGACGAGGUGAAUACACAGUAAAUUGGAGAUAAUCUGUAGAGGGAAGGCAUUGCACUUGAGAGAGGAUGGGAAGGGUCUUGGAGAAGGUGGACAUGAAGCUGGGACUUAAAGGGCCAGGGAGGUCGGUAGUCAGAGCAGGGCUGCAUUGGAGGCCAGAGAAAGGGCUCAGACCCAGGAGAUGGAGGCUCUUGUUCCUGAGCAGCCAGGAGACCAGUGGCUCAAAGUGUUCAGAAUAGAUAAAAAUCCAUGGGACAUAGAAGAAGGAACGGGUGGUUUUCCAGGUCAGGGAUCCUCAUGUAAGGUUAAUGACCCAGUUUUCUAUUUGAGUUUGAUACCAUGGCACCAGGCCCUGGGUUGUGGCUGAGGCCCGAGGUGAGAGCAUCCCCGGGGCUGGGGGACGGGAGAUUGUUUAGCACCUGCAGGGGAGGCUGGCUCUCUGCCCUGACCUCUGUCGUUUCAUCCAGUUCAGGCUCCCCAGUCCUCUGCCAUCCCCCAAGGCUGGAGUGUGGAGGAUGAGGAAGCAAUGACUUCUGGGUUCCUGUUAUCCGGAUUCCAGGAAUCAGUCACAUUCAAGGAUGUGGUUGUGGAGUUCACCUGGGAGGAGUGGAGAGAUCUGGAUCCCAUGCAGAGAGCCCUGUACAGGCGUGUGAUGCUGGAGAACUACGAGAACUUCGUCUUCCUGGGAUUGCCCGUUUCCAACCUGGACAUGACCUCUCUGUUGGAGAGAGGAGAGGCACCUUGGAUGCCCAAGGGAGAAGAACCAAGAAGGCACUGCCCAGAUUUCCAUACUCAGGAGACCAGAUGUGAAACUCAGGGAUCAGGAUGGUCGCAGGCCAUUAGCACAGGAGCAGCGUCUAAGAAAAGACUAAAAGCAGAAAAUUCCCAGCUUUAUCAAAUGGGAGAAAUUGGAGAAUAUGAUGCUGUUUUAGAGAGAGGUUCCAGAAGAGUAGCAGGAGCUCACAGGACAGCUUUUAAUAGCAUGAGCCUAUCUCAGGGUAAUACUUUCAGGAGAAGCUUUAGUCCAGGGUCUGGACUGGCUACACCAUGGAGUAGUGGUAUGAGGAAAAGUCCCCAUAAACAUAAGACACUUGGUAAGAGCUUCCAAGGGAUUUCCGAUCUAAUUAAAUGUUCUACAGUCUCCAUCGGGAAGAACCAUUCUAAAUAUAACAUUUGCAGGAAGCCCUUCAGCUACCACUCGGAUUUACUUAAGUUUCACAGACUCCAUGCUGGAGAAAAGCUACAUGAAUACAGCGAAAGUGGAAACACCUUCGGCAGAAGAUCAAACCUUCCUGAACAUCAGAGAAUUCAUGCCGUAGAGAAACCCUGUGAAAGUGGUAAAUGUGGCAAAGACUCCAUCAGUAAGAGACCUUUGGUUCAUCAUGAAGGCAUCCACACGAAAGAGAAACCCUUUGUCUGUAAUGACUGUGGGAAAGCCUUCAGCAAGAAGGGACACCUCAUUAUCCACGAGAGGAUUCACACUGGAGAGAAACCUUUUGAGUGUAACCACUGUGGGAAAGCCUUCAGCAAGAAGGGACAUCUCAUUAGCCACAAAAGAACUCACACUGGAGAGAAACCCUUUGAAUGUAUCGAAUGUGGAAAAGCCUUUAUCCAGAGGGGAGACCUUAACAGACAUCAGAGAACGCACACAGGGGUGAAACCCUUUGAAUGUAAUGAAUGUGGCAAAACCUUCACGGAGAAGGGAGCUCUGAUUAGACACCAGAGAACUCAUACUGGACUGAAACCUUUUGAAUGCAGUGAGUGUGGCAAAGCCUUCAGUGCAAAGGGAACCCUUAUUAUACAUCAGAGAACUCAUACUGGAGUGAAACCCUUUGAAUGCAAUGAAUGUGGGAAAGCCUUCACAGAAAAAGGAGCCCUUAUUAGACAUCAGCGAACUCAUACUGGAGUAAAACCCUUUGAGUGUAAUGAAUGUGGCAAAACCUUUAUUGACAGCGGAAGCCUUAUUCGACAUCAAAUAACUCACACUGGAGUGAAACCUUUUGGAUGUAAUGAAUGUGGGAAAGCCUUCAGCCAGAAAGUACAUCUUAUUAAACACCAGUUAACUCAUACUGGAGUGAAACCCUUCAGUUGUAAUGAAUGCGGAAAAGCCUUUACUUUGAAGGGUCUCCUUGAAAGACAUCAAAAAACUCAUAGUGGAGUGAAACCUUUUGGAUGUAAUGAAUGUGGGAAAGCCUUUACCUUGAAGGGACAUCUUGAAAGACAUCAAAUAACUCACACUGGAGUGAAACCUUUUGGAUGUAAUGAAUGUGGGAAAGCCUUUGGCCAGAAAGUACACCUUGUUGAACACCAGUUAACUCAUACUGGAGUGAAACCCUUCAGUUGUAAUGAAUGUGGAAAAGCCUUUAGUUUGAAGGGACACCUUGGAAGACAUCAGAAAACUCAUACUGGAGAGAAACCUUUUGAAUGUAAUGAAUGUGGGAAAGCUUUCAGUCAGAGGGAAACACUUAUUAGACAUCAGAAAACUCAUACUGGAGAGAAACCUUUUGAAUGUAACGAAUGUGGGAAAGCCUUCAGUGAGAGGAGAACACUUAUUAGACAUCAGAGCAUUCAUACUGGGGUGAAACCCUUCCAGUGUAAUGAAUGUGCUAAAGCCUUCUCUCGGAAAGAUGAACUCAUUAACCAUCAGAGAACUCAUACUGGAGAGAAACCCUUUGAAUGUAACCAGUGUGGGAAAACCUUCAGUCAAAAAAUAAACCUUGUUAACCCUUGGAUGUUAACUCAUACUUGCAUGUUCUAUCCUCCCAAUACAACAUGGUUAACUUCUCAGCAUUAGUGGACACCCUACUUACGUAUGACUUAUUGUCCUGAUGAAAACCCCUGUAUGUUUAACAUGGGACAGUCAUAGGAAACAUUAGUGAAUUAAUGUGAAAGAUGCUAAAGAAUAGUUGGGUAGAUAUAAUUAUAAAAGGAAUAGUCAUCUUUUGUAGAAUACCGCAGAUACGAGCUGAUAGUGAAUGUCACUAGCCACCAUAUUGUUUGGAGUUCUCAGAGAGUUUUUUAAAACACUGUUCUUCCUUGACAGUCUUUGCUGCAACAUACUAAAGAUGCCAUUAGGUGACAGUACAGCUUCUUAAAUUUGUGGAUCAAGUGGGCUUGAUUUUUGUUUUUUAGUUAAACAUUCUGGCAAAACCACUGAAAUUUCUUAAACUAGUUCAGUUCUCUCUUUUUUUUUCUUUUCAUUUCAAAAUUACUCAUUUACAAGAACAUUUAAAUUUUAAAAGCAUUACCAUAUCAGGAAAAGUAAUCUUUAUUUACAUUUUGUUAAAUAAAGCAUAUGUAUAUUUACUUUGACAA